AUGAGAAUCUUUCUGGUGUCAUUGCUGGUUUUUACAGCUUCUGCAUUCCCUAGUGAUUAUCAAAAGGAUGUGAAGUUAUCGGAUUCAGGCCAUGCCAGCAAAAGAUCGUUGAAUCAUGGCGCCGUCGUAAUUGAACCUGCUACAUUCUACUCCGGGCCUGUUCUCCAUUCCGUUCCAGCCAGCGUCAUUGUACCAUCCCCAGCAGUAUCCCAUCAAUCUCGCAAAGACGUCCGUACAUCUGAAACCCUAGUAUCAGUUUCACCUGUGGCUUCACCGGCUUUAGUUCGAGUUUAUCAAUCACCGUCCGUCUAUACAGUUCCUGUUCAAAGUCGUCUUGGAGCAUCUGCAGUAUCUCACCAAUCACGAGUGGAUUCCAAGUCUUCUUCAGUAGUGCUAUCGCCUCUAGUUGUUGAACCUCAACCUGUAUUGCACACAAUUGUUCAAGACACACCUGUUGUUGAUGUUAACUCUGUUUAUACCUCUUCAUCCUUAUAUCAACCGAGUGUUUACGCUGUGACGUAUUAA